GCGCACAGGGAGGACUCGGAAGGGCAGGCGGAAGUGGCGUCAGAGAUGCGUCAGGGACGGAUCAUACUGAGUAAAUAGGCGCUGCUGAUCUCCUGAGAACGGUAUAGGCCUCGGCAGGUCACCAUGAACCGGCUCCCGGACGACUACGACCCCUACGCUGUUGAAGAGCCUAGCGACGAGGAGCCGGCUUUGAGCAGCUCUGAAGAUGAAGUGGAAGUGCUUUUACAUGGAACUCCUGACCAAAAACGAAAACUCAUCAGAGAAUGUCUUACUGGAGAAAGUGAAUCAUCUAGUGAAGAUGAAUUUGAAAAAGAAAUGGAAGCCGAAUUAAAUUCUACUAUGAAAACAAUGGAGGACAAGUUAUCCUCUUUGGGAACAGGUAAACUUUCGUAUGGAGCAUGGCUGAAAAACAGUGAUACUUAUCAUGGCUUUGGACUGCAGAGACCACGUCUACAACAGCAGCCUGUUCCAAAUAGUGAUGCUGUCUUGAAUUGUCCUGCCUGCAUGACCACACUGUGCCUUGAUUGCCAAAGGCAUGAAUCAUACAAAACUCAAUAUAGAGCUAUGUUUGUGAUGAAUUGCUCUGUUAACAAAGAGGAGGUUCUAAAAUACAAAGCCUCAGAGAACAGGAAGAAAAGGCGGAGCCAUAAGAAGAUGAAGUCUAACCAUGAAGAUGCUGCAGAGCAGCCACAGACAGAAGUGGAGGAAAUCUAUCACCCGGUCGUGUGCACCGAAUGUUCCACUGAAGUGGCAGUCUAUGAUAAGGAUGAAGUCUUUCAUUUUUUCAAUGUUUUAGCAAGCCAUUCCUAAACAACACAGCUGGCUUUUAAUUGCCCAAUACUGUAUAUAAGAUAAGUAUGGACAGUGAUUUUCCUCCUGCCUAUUCCUAUCAUUUAGUGACAUUGUGUUGUUAUGUGAGGAAGCAGAAUUUUUAUCUUUAUGAAAGAAAACAGUUAUCGACCUUCAUAUCUUGUGCCCUCCUUUUUCUUUCCCUUAAUAUCCCCCCAAUAUUGAUGGGACUGAUUAGUCAUUCCCUUUUGGAUGGACAUUUGCAAACUGU